AUGUGCUUGCUCAUCGAUGUUGCUCUCUACGACCACCACGGGCAAGCAUCCACCUGUUCGAUGGCAGACGAUAACGCACUCUUGAGGCACGCAACUCUUGGCUGCCAUGUGGUUCGCGUUCUAGUUGGCUGGCGCAUCUGUGCAUCACGUUUAGGUACCCUAUAAGGCCUCUGCUCUCUGUAGCUAGCUACUCGUCUAUAGGCUGUAUGUCAGAAUAACAUGGCUUUCCAAAGCACUGAAGACAGGCCCAGAGGCUGAUAUGGAAACACAUUUAUCUGUGACUGUAGGCUUUUCUGCAAGAGAAUGAAGGAGGUCUCUAAGAACACCUACUACAUGCACCUGAAGCUAUCUCCACCUGGUCAGCUGGAGACUUCUCAGCAUGUCGCAAAUGAGCCCACCAGGCCUUCUCGUUGGUCAUCCGCACUGCGCUUGGUAGAGAGGAGUAUUCUUCGCAAGCGCGAAUGAGAGCCUGACCCUGUAGAUGGGCAAGCUUCGCAGUGUGGUCAGUCGCAGAUGGCCAAACAUCUGCGAACUGGGGAAGAUGACAGUCCACCACCUGAUGAUAUGUGGGUCGAAAACCUCAAUUCAGCUGAGUUCCUCACGGGCGCACAAGCACCUCAGCUGAUACCCUAUGGCAAUCCUUCUGAUUCCCAUAGCAUCGCUAGCCCUACUAAUAGCGGCACAUCCGGGUUGGUCGAAGCACAGCCAGUCGCUCACACCCAGACGGCUAGCCUCCAAGUGACUCCAAUGGGCCAGACAUUAUAUGACGGCGAUUGUGAUGCUGAACAACAACCGUCUCAUAAUGUAUCUACCAUGGAGUCGACAUCGCGUAACCCUCCCGCCUCAGAUGACACCAUCAAUAUGCCUGACUAUGGGUCGCUUUCAGCCCUACUGCAACCUCCUGCAGACUUGCAAGAUGCUGAACCUCAGGAGGCUGCAGCGACAACCAAUGUUGAGGUAUUCGACGAUACCGGUGCUCCUGUGGAUCCAAGGAUUGCGGAACUCAAGACUGCGCUACAGUUCAUUGAGGAACUGCGAGCGGCGUCACUUAAGAACUCGAAACUUGAAUCUGCCGCCAUCCAGAGGCUACUGGAACCAACAGCCAACCCACAUUCACAACGUAUGGACCCCCUCGUGCAGUUCUCAAUUGACUUAUACCUCGCAACGGAGAAUGCUUCGGUCCAGACUUAUGAGGACAUUUGCAAAGCUCAUCGUCGCUGUUACCCAGAUGGCGGCGAGCUGCUCUCAUAUAAUGCGGUUAAAAACCAUAUCGCAGAUACCACUGGUAUCUAUCCGAUACGUGAGGACAUGUGUCCAAACUCGUGCAUUGCCUUCACAGGCCCAUUCAAAGAGCUUGAUAAGUGCCCGCUCUGUAGCACACCUCGCUAUGACCAGGCAAAGUUUGCGGCGAGUGGGGGAAAGGAGAAGGUUGGGCGGGCAUUCUAUACGAUGCCAAUUGGUCCACAGUUACAGGCACUCUAUCGUUCACCGGAGAAUGCACAGAAUAUGCAGUAUCGCGCAGAGUAUACAAAAGCGAUGGAAGAGGUGUUGAAAUGUGCACAGGGCAUUGAGGACUACGGUGACAUCUUCGACGGCUCAGACUACCUCACUGCCGUCGAGAAUGGUCACAUAUCGGAGGAUAGUAUCCUGCUCAUGCUAUCAGUUGAUGGAGCUCAGCUAUAUGAGAGUAAGCAAUCUGACUGUUGGAUCUACAUAUGGGUUGUUCUCAACCUCUCCCUGGAUUUGCGCUACAAGAAGAAAUAUGUCCUUCCUGGCGGCAUCAUUCCAGGACCAAAUAAGCUGAAGAAUCUCGAUUCCUUCCUCUUCCCUGGAAUUCACCACCUCGCAGCUCUUCAGAAGGAUGGGCUUCGUGUAUGGGACUCAUCACGAUGUGCUUGUUUUCUUGCUGAUGUAUACUUCGCCCUUGGAACAGCUGACGGACCUGGCAUGGCAUACUUAAAUGGACUUGUUGGGCACCAUGGCGGACAUGGAUGUCGCCUUAAUUGUGGGAUGCGAGGCCGUCAUAAACCGGGUGGAACACACUACUUUCCAGCAGCCUUAAAGCCUCACAAUUUUACCGUGGCAGGAUCAGUUCACGAUGAUGUUGAUCUACGGCUUUCACGAAAACACGACCUUGAUCGUUACAGGCAAGACUUACGCCAUGUUCUCAUGUCGGAGAAUGAGAGACAGUACAAGAAGAACCGUUUGGAGACAGGCAUCGUAAAACCGUCUUUGUUUUCAGGACUAUCUUCUAGGCAUAUAUUGGGUGUGCCAGGAUGCUUCGCAAUUGAUUUGAUGCAUCUCAUCUCCCUGAACUUGCCCGAUCUUCUUAUCUCAUUAUGGCGGGGUACAUUAUACUGUGAUGAGACGGACGACAAGGCAACAUGGGAUUGGGCAGUGCUUCGAGGAGAUACCUGGAAAUCCCAUGGACAAGCUGUUGCUUCAAUGACACCGUACCUACCUGGCUCAUUUGAUCAUCCUCCUCGUAAUCCCGCAGAGAAGAUUUCUUCAGGGUACAAGGCCUGGGAAUUUCUCCUCUAUGUCUUUGCCCUUGAUCCUGCCAUUUUUCGAGGGAUACUUCCUGACAAGUAUUGGCGAAACUUCUGCAAACUUGUUUCAGGUGUCCGCCUGAUCCAACAGCAACAUAUCUCUCGAUCGCAACUUCGAGAAGCACAUACCACCUUCGUUCAAUUUGCAAUGGAGUUUGAGCAACUGUAUUAUCAGCGAAGGGCCGAUCAACUUCAUUUUGUCCGUCAAAGUAUACAUUUACUCAUCCACAUCGCACCAGAGGUUCACCAACUUGGACCACCUGCUCUCUACACUCAAUGGACAAUGGAAAGGACAAUUGGCAAUCUCGGCGAAGAAAUCAGACAACCAUCAAACCCUUUCAGCAACCUCUCUGAACGUGGUCUUCGACGUGCGAGAGUCAAUGCACUGAAGGCAAUCAUUCCGGAUUUAGAUCCUCCUCAAUCACCGCCGACUAACUCGAUUAAUGUCAGCAGUGGCUAUCGACUUCUUCACCCAACUGAUACAACCCAAUGUUCACUAUGAGACUGUGAGGGAGAGGCUCUGAAGAAAUACCUCAUGUCUCAAGGUGUACAAUUUUCUGAAUUAUGGAAGCCGCUUGCGACACGCUGGGCUCAUUUGCAGCUUCCUACUGGUCAAAUUUCUCGCUCACAUUGGAAGGAGUCAUUGAAACCACUGGCGAAACUUCGCAUUGCUCGCAUGGUCAAGGUGCAGUGCUGUGUUUGAUCUGGUUGUUGAUCAAAACUGAUGCGGCUGUGAAAGCUUGACUUUGAAGGCCAAGAGCAGUUCGCAGAAGUUAUAUUCUAUUUCCAUCACCAGGUCAAUAAUAUAGCACAGACAUUGGCCCUUGUUUCACUUCUUUCUCUUCCAGACCAGAAUUUUCUUAAGGUCUCAUAUGGGACUUUGAUUGUGUGUUCACAUUUGGGUGAUGAUGGACUCAUUGUAGUCCCAGUGACUAGUAUCAGAUCAGUGAUAGCACUGCCGCCAUUGCCACCUACCACUGAGGAGAUUGCGAAAGGACUGACUGAGGCAGAUCGCAAUCAGUUCUUUGUUUCAGAAAAGCCAGGUUUAGAUGUAGUACACUUGGGAGGAGCAGAUGAAGCAUGUACGUAGAGUAAAUCUCGUUAUAGUGCUUCUUUUCAUACAUUUGUUAUCAAUAUGUCGCACAGCCCUGCCUAGUGACUACAAGUUCGAGAA